AUACAGAGCGGUUCUGGUAGAAAAAUAGGAAUACAACUAACGUGAAAGUUGGCUUCACAAGGAGUGAGUGGCGAGGUGGAGUUUUCUCCCCUUUAUUCCUGCAAAGCGGAAGUGUUAUAUUGUGCUGAGCGCAGGUGGUGGUAAAUACUCACAUAUAGCGCGUCUGCCGACAAACGGAGACAAUCAUCGAUCGGGAAAAAAUAACUCCGAACGUUCGAAGUUAAGCGGCUUUGUGUAUUCUAGCUGCCUUCGAGGAAGUGUAGACUUUUGUUUUUUCGUUUACCCAUUUGGAUCUGAUACACAAAAGGUCACGGAUGUCCUGGAGGAUGUCUUUGUAUGCAUCAAAUACAUAAUCAUGUUGAAGGUGCACAAUUGUGCAAUAGGGCCACGUGAAAGUUAUACCUGUGUCGUGUGAAGCAAGAGUGUCUUUUUUGAGUGCGGUUUAGUGCGAGUCAACCAGACAGGAAAUCUUCACCAGUGUCAGUAGAAUCGAGUGGAAAACAGCUGGGAAAGUUAGCCCAAACCAGCCAAUCCGGCUGUGCGGCUGUAUUUGUGGUACACCAUUUCCACGCUCAUUCUCCUUAAUAUUGAUUGUUGGUAAUUAUUCAAAAACAAAUGGAGUGAAUUUGAUUUCGUUUUCCUCGAAAUCAAUGGAAUCCGUGUGGUGCAAAAAGCGUUUCGUAACGAAAAUCGAAUUAAGCUGUGAAAACCAAAAAGGAUGAACGGUGGCAAUCAAGCGGGGUGAAUCCGGAGGACGGCUUUCGAGGGUCGCACAAUCAGCGGGAAAGAUAACGAAUAGACGACGGUGAAAUAUGCAGACGUAAACAAGUUAUGUGGGUGUUUGGCGGAAGUGUUACGAAAAAGGCAUAGCGAAAAAAAAUCAUAUGCUAGUGAAGCGAGGAGGAAAGACGUUCGUUCGUUUUACAACACAACUGUAACAAGCUGUACCUCAGCGGAGAAAAGCAUAACUUUUGCUUGAUCAGCAAACAAAACAGCGCUUUAUGUAGUUUUGAAGCACCAUUUCCGUCGAAUCAACUUUCGCUAAUAAAAAAAGAAGGCUAAAACAUCUACCGAUUCUGCAUGCUGCGCUCCUCGCUUUCGGCCAGACCCGAGAAAACCAUCCUGGAAGUUAUGAGCCAACGCAGAAAUGCCGCCAGCAGCUAUAUUCAGAACAAACUUCGUCUGUAAAACAAUGGAGUGAGAGUCCAAAAAAGGGAUGCAUUUCUCCAGCAAAACACGUGGCGAUGAUCGAAAGAAAAAAAGCACACGGGAAAACUUCUUCGCUUAAGAUAAGUGUGUUGUUUUCUCGCUUCGACUCAUGAGGUGGAAGACAGGAAGUAGCAUCUCCGGGUCCGAUGUGGUAUUGUUUACGUGCUUAACGCCAUACGCCAUUUCUCUUUCUAUCUCCGCUGUGUCUGUUCUGUCUUAAGCUUUUUCUCUAACUUUCUUGUGUUUGGGUUCCUCCAUUUAUUCACCGGAAACGACUAGGAGGGACUGUUUACGCUCUCUCAAGCUUCACCCUGCACGUCGCCACCUUCCAGUUCGCUCCAAUCUCGGAGGUUGGCGCGUUUGAGCUGACUGUCCAUCGUUCGGGAAAAGCAGCGAUAUCUGAUUUCCCCUGGCUGCAUUUAGCCAAGGUGUGCAGCAUUUACUACACGAAAAGGCGUGAAGAAAGCAGAUAACGUCGACCGAGAGAAGGUUACAAGAAAAAAGUGCACAAGUUAGAAAUAGUCGUUGUUGUUCCCCUCGGGGCAGUGAUUUCGAAGGUGAUACCUUCAAAUACAAGUGGAAAAGUUCGUCAAAGUUUGCAGUUGAAGAAGAAAAAUAAAAAUAAAAGUGUGUGGAAACAAAUCGCUCCACAAGGAAUAGAUCCGACCGGUGCAGGCGGCCGCGUCUGGGAGACGCUCCCGCGCGCUGCGAUUUGCUGUUGUUGGUCCUGAGGCUUUGCUGCGACAGCAAACUUCUGUAGUUGGUAUAGCAUCUUCGCCAGAAAAAAACGCCAAACUGUUACUCUGCGGUUGUUAUAUUUUCCAACGGGGUGCCAAAGAUAGCAGUACGGAAGGUCUCAGGAGUGCCCUAGCCCGUCUCCGCAGAUCGGGCCCACUCCCUAACCCUUCCAGUCCUGAAAAUACUGAAAGUGUCGAACGCGCGUCUUCUUCCCGAUGUCACCCACGAGAAGGAGAUAACUCCAGAUCACCGGCUCCAACUCCAGCACCCCCUUCCACGCCACGGAAAACCGCAGUGCCACACCACAGUGCAAUGACAGUGUCCGUCACGCAGCCCCAACAACCGGUGGAUAUCACCAGCGGCAGUCCGAGUGCAACCGGGCAACCGACAGCAACAGCUGCGGCCAGCAUGGCGAGUCCAACAACUUCGAGUGGUUCCUCGGAGGCGGACACUGUCGUCAGCACACCCCCCUCGUCGUCCUCGUCAUCGCACACCAACCCGAGUACGGCUCUGCGGAGAUUUUACUUCCAGAAGGCACGCAUCAGCAAAUCACCCAAAUCGGCCACCAUUGGCGGAGCUGGAUCCGGAGCCACUGCCACCGGAACGGUGCUGGGCACCGCCGGGACCGCUGGCUCGUCGUUAUCCUCCCAGUCUGCUGCGGUUCCGAAAGUGGUGGUUAUGGGUUCGUCAACCGCGUCCGAAGCCACAAUAAACACCUCUACCGAUUCGGCUUCCACCCACGUGACCAACGUGACCACGACCACCGACACGGAGACAAACGAUUCCAUCGAUUUGGGUGACACCUCCGGCCAGAGUGACCCCCUGCUGAGUUCGUUGGACGACGAAAGCUCUAGUAUCGUGAUGAACCAAAGUUUCGGCGAAGGCGACGAAGAGAACAUCACCGUAAUUAAUGGACCAGAUACUCCACUUUUGAUCAGCUACCAGGAACUCGAGGACCUCUCACCGACCAAAUCACCGAAAACCUCCCCGAAGCCCCGCACUGCCCCCGUUGCCUCGAGUACUCGCUUUCCAUUCGAUCAACCUGGCACACCAGCCACGGGUCGCAUAUCCUCAAAGUCCAACAUCCACGAGACGAUGUUCAACUUUGACGACUCACCGAAUCCAGUUCGUCGCAUGCCACCCAAGGUAUCACCGGCCGUUGAACACACCACUCCGGAGCAUGCCCACGGGAAAGAGGCCAACAAGGAGAACCGUCCAAAAGUGGUCGAAAUGAGCGGCACGCCAACCAAGCGCAUCAGUCCGUACAAAUCACGAAAGGAUCGUUUCAUGCAGCAACAACAACAGCAGCACAAAAGUGGAAAGGCGUUGAACUCGGCUCCGGCUGUCAGCUGUAGCAAAGGUCAAAACUACGACCCAAAUAUGACCAUGUUUCCGUUCGAUCGCGAAGCCAUCGAUUACGAGCGAAUUCAGCGGGAAUGUUUCGCGGUGGAGGAGGAGUUUCCCAUCGAGCGGGAUCGUGACGAUUACUGCGAGUCACCUUCGAGGGGAGUGAUGGAAUCGGAAAUAUUCAGCGAUCACUAUUCCAUUUUCCAACAGUACACCUAUCUCACGCAACAAGAGCGAGAUGUUCUGGAGCGAACCUCCUCCAAGCGAAACAAAAAGGAUCGAAUCGAUGCGUUUUCGCCAAAGAAGAAAGCACAAAACCAGCAACCACUUUCGCCCCAACGGUUGUCCAAGUUCGAUCAGAUCGCGACGAAGUUCGACAUGAUGCCAUCAAAGUUUGACAGUUCGACGAAAGGACGCACGAAAAUGGGCGGUGGGCUUCCCGAUCUUCGCGUUGACUAUUUCGCCGAAACCUCCUGCUGUUCUUCCCUAGGCGAUGAUCUGACGACGACGACGGCGGUGGUGGCGGGUUCCUCCGUCGACGGAAAAACGCAUGCGUCGAACGCUUCGGCUUGCGCUGGACUGCGUUCGGUCGAAGUCGUUGGAGCAGGCGCGUUGGCGACCGGCGCUAUAAAUGUUACUCCCAACCCAAUGGACGGCGCAGUUUGUACGCAACCUCGGGCGACAAUAGUCGUACAGCAACCCUCGCUCAGUCUGGACUACUCAUCGGUGGAAACGAUUCUGCUUAAGAACGAGGGUGACUUCAUAAGUGUCGAGCAGGGCAAGGAGCUUUCGCGCAAGAAAAAGCAACAGCGGGAGGAAAACAUGCGGCAACUGCUCGACGUCACGAACACGCUGACGACGGAGGAAAUCAAGGAUUUCGAGAUGAGGUAUGGGAGUCCACAUCACAGCCGGUCACAGUCCGUCAAAACACCCGGCAGCCGAGCGUCAGGUCGACCAAAUCAACUCUGUUUGCCCCAGCAGCGGUCCAGGGUGGCAUCGAUGCCAAACACCGGUGUCGAAGAGGAAUACUACAGACUGAGGCACUUUUCCAUCACGGGCAAAGGAGUUGUAAAUCGAGGCGAUUCUCUCAAAAGUCGUCGCAGUAAAUCCAAUACCAGUGUCGCCAGUUCCAACUCCAGCACCGAGCACUUGACAGCGGUGGGGGCAGGUUCCGCCCGAACUUCAGCCACAUGCAGCCUCGCGUCCAGCAGGGAGAGCAGCACCUCGAACCCAGCGUCAGGUCCGUACAAGGUGCUUAUGUUGGGUGGUGCCGCUGUCGGAAAAAGUUCAUUAGUGUCGCAAUUUAUGACGUCUGAAUACCUGCAUGCUUACGACACCAGUAUAGAUGACGAUUCUGGUGAGAAAACCGUUUCCGUGCUCCUCAGCGGCGAAGAAUCCGAGCUGACGUUCAUCGAUCACAGCUAUAUGGAAAUGACGCCCGAAAACUGUAUGUCCACGUAUGAUCCCCACGGUUACUGUGUGAUAUACUCCUCGUCGGAUCGAAGUAGCUUCCUGAUAGCGGAACAGAUUCUCCAGGUGCUUUGGACGACGGAAAACAUCGCCCAGAAGGCGGUCAUCUUGGUGGCAAACAAGGCAGAUCUGGCCCGCAGCCGGAUGGUUACUUCAGACGACGGUAAACAAAUGGCGACACAAUACGACUGCAAGUUUAUCGAAACCUCUGUUGGAAUCAAUCACAAUGUGGAUGAACUGCUAGUCGGGUUACUCUCGCAAAUUAGACUGAAGCUGGAGAAUCCGGAGAAAUCCAGAGACCUCUUCCGCAAGCGCUCGAUCCGCAAGUCCAAACGACGUGCCUGCUCGCCCCUCGGUGGCGCCAUCUGUCUGUCCGGCAUCGGCGGUGGGACCAAUCCUAGCACACCGGUGUCGGCGACGCCGACUGCCGCUGGCUUUGCCGAAACGCCGCCCGGCAGUGCCCACAGUAGUCCCCGCAAGUAUCGUGGCUCCCGCACCUCGGCCAGCCUGAAGGUGAAGGGACUGCUCGGACGCGUCUGGGCACGCGAUUCAAAGUCCAAAAGCUGUGAGAACUUGCACGUACUGUAAAUUAAGCCGUCUACUUUAUAGUGAUUGGGAAGCAAACACUUUUCGUCGGGACGACUUUAUUUUAGAGUUUUUAGCAAACGACGAAUCUCGAUUGCAAUUUUAUUUAGUUAGAUAAGCAGCAACAGCAGCAAAAAAAAACAAAACUGAACGGACAAAAUUGGUUUCCUCAAACAGAUUAGUUAGGCUUAGGUUCCUUUUUAUGCGAAUCAAAACUCGUUCGGUAAUAUCGGAGAACGCAAAUCAUUUUUAACACUAGGUGAUUAAUCGAGCUAAGUGAGCAAGAUAUACGAUUUUCCUACGAUUUUUUAUAUAUUCUUUCUAUUUAGUUUACGCUGAAAAUAUUCUAAGUUUUAUAUUCCUGCGUUUUACAGUCCACUCCUUAUAUUCAAUCUUUGGUGAUUAGUAUUUUAUCGUACAUUAGAAUUAGCGAGCAUUUAUUUGAUGCUACUGAACAAAUCGAGAGUCAUAGUCUUGGCCAUUUUAAUGUAAUAAAUGUAUACAUCAUUU